CAUCUUCAUAUGAUGAGCACAAAUAGUCACUAAUGGCAUCUCAAGUAGCUUCAAGCUCGAGAGGCAGGACAGCAGCAAAUACGGUCGAGCCGCCAGAUGCUACCCCCAGUAUCGCGGCGAAAGACUCGGACAACUGCUUUCGCAUCCUCCUCGCUACGGACAAUCAUAUAGGCUAUGCCGAGAAGGAUCCGAUUCGAGGUCAAGACGCCAUCAACACUUUCCGUGAGAUCCUGGAGAUCGCACGAGAUGCGGAAGUGGACUUUAUCCUCCUCGCGGGGGAUCUGUUCCAUGAGAAUCGACCGAGUAGAGGGUGCAUGCACCAGACCAUAGCACUGUUGAGAGAGUACACUCUCGGGGACAGGCCAGUGUCGUUCGAACUUUUGAGCGAUCCGAUGGAUGGAUCCACGCCAGGCUUCUCAUUUCCCGCUAUCAAUUAUGAAGAUCCAAACCUGAAUAUUGCCAUUCCCACCUUUUCGAUUCAUGGCAAUCACGAUGAUCCGCAAGGGACCGGCCCAGAAGGCGCCCUCUGUGCCCUAGAUGUCUUGUCUGUUUCUGGAGUCCUCAACUACUUUGGCAAAGUGGACCUGAUGGCCGACGAGACGACUGCAGAGUCUGCAGACAAGGGCAUCCGGAUCAAGCCUAUCCUUCUGAGAAAAGGUAGCACACAUCUGGCGAUGUACGGCGUCGGUAACGUCAAAGACAAUCGGAUGCAUUACGAGCUCAGGAGCAAUCGCGUAAAAAUGUUUAUGCCGGAAGGAGGGGAUGUCCCAGAGGAAGACUGGUUCAACAUGCUGCUGGUACAUCAGAACAGAGUCAAACACGGCCCUCAGUCUUCUGUCCCUGAGGGGAUGUUUGACGACUCCAUCAAGCUCGUCGUGUGGGGUCACGAACACGAUUGCCGGAUCUGGCCAGAAAAGGUCGAAGGAAAGGAUUACUACAUUACUCAGCCAGGCAGUAGUGUCGCGACCAGUUUGGCACCCGGCGAGGCGUUGCCAAAACACGUCGGAAUUCUCUCGAUCCAAGGAUCGCAAUUCCAGAUCACUGAGAUCCCACUUAAGACUGUCCGACCGUUCGAGAUGGACGAGGUGGUGCUCUCUGAAGCUGCAUCCGACGAGUCCAACAAGAUCAACCUAGAGGACAAGGACAGUAUCGCAGUGUAUCUGAGAAAGCAGGUCGAAAGCUUGAUCCGACGGGCGAAGCAAAAUUGGAACGAGCGACAUGCCGAGGAUACUGAGCCUGUAGACAUGAUGUUGCCUCUCAUCCGUCUCAAGGUUGAGACGUCUGACGCGAAAGAGAUGACCAAUCCUGUACGAUUUGGACAAGAUUUUGUUGGGCGAGUCGCGAACCCGAGGGACAUUUUGCAGUACUAUCGUCGAAAGAAGGCAGCCGAAAAGAAGACCAAGAACGUGGCGGAUGCACCGGACGGAGUGGAUGACGAGUGGGGUCCUGAGACGGACGAUCCGAAUGCCAUGACUGCGUCGGAUCGAUUGGCCAAACUCCGCAUGUCAAACCUUGUCCGUCAGUAUCUCCAAGCACAACAGCUCGAAGUCUUGGUGGAGAAUGGGCUGGAGGAUGCAGUGAUGCGAUUCGUGGACAAGGACGAUAGGGAUGCGAUCAAAGACUUCGUAGCGGAGACUCUCAAAUCUGUUGGGAAGGAUAUGAAAGGGCAGGAAGUGGUGGAAGAGGAUGUCGAGGAGCAUAUGCUGCGCGCAAAGGAACAUGCGGCGUCGCAGUGGGCAGCGACGAAUCACAGAGAUGAAGCGCCAAAGGCAAAGAAGGGCAAGGCCAAGCAGGACUCUGAUGUGGAUAGCAUGGUCGACGACGGAGAUAGCAUGAUGGAAGUCGAAUCUGAUGCCUCUUUGAAAGCCACCAAGAAAAAGAAAGGUAAGACUGCUUCGAGCGGGUCCAAGAGUCGGGGAAAAAAACUGUUUGCACCCUCUGCGUCUGAAGAGGAGGGGGAGGAGGAAGAGGAAGAAGAAGAACAUGACGAGCCGGUGCCUAAGCCUACUACUGCCAGGUCCAAAAAGACUUUAACACCUGCCAAUGUCCGCGCGAAACCGGCUCCGAAGCGAGGAGCAGCAGCAUCCAAAAGUGGAGGUCAAACGCAAUUAACAUUCUCCAAGACCAAAGUCUCCAAACCUAUUGAGCUGUCCGAUGAAGACUAGCCUCGAUACGCACACGACAUGGUCGGGACACCCUCACGACCCAAUCAACUUCGCUCUCUGUGUGUAUAUUUUCUGCCUGCUUUCCCACAUACACCAUCACCAUGCAUGGACACACGUAAUCAAGUGA